AUGGCACCAAUGUCCUCGACCACAAUGACAACCACGGGAGGUAACAGCACAAAUGAGAGCUCGCGCAAUUCACCCACCCUUGGGGUUUCCGCAGCGCAAGCAUCCUCGAGACCGAAGCGCAAAGUGAACACAAACGGCUACCAUCCCGUCAACACGCACGUUCCGUUAAGCGCCAUGGCCAGUAUGGGGUUAGAUCUCGCAUCUGUUGAGCGCCGAGGACAGCCCACGGCCAUUCGUGAACCUCUCAAAAAGAAGUUGCGUCCGCAUGGAAUCUCCGAGGCGCCCACUUACUGUCCCACCGAAGAGGAAUGGCGCGAUCCAUUGGAAUACAUGAAAAAGAUUACCCCAGAAGCUUUGCAGUAUGGCAUAUGCAAGAUAAUCCCCCCUGAUUCCUGGAACCCCGACUUUGCGAUAGAUACCGAGAAAUUUCAUUUUCGUACUCGAAAGCAGGAACUGAACUCUGUAGAAGGAAGUACAAGGGCCAAUCUUACCUAUCUAGACGGCCUAUCUAAAUUUCACAAGCAACAGGGCAGUAAUUUGCAUCGUUUACCGUAUGUGGACAAGAAACCCCUGGAUCUGUACCGCUUGAAGAAGGCUGUGGAAUCUCGUGGUGGUUUCGACAAGGUCUGCAAAUUAAAGAAAUGGGCCGAGAUUGGGCGCGAUCUUGGGUACAGUGGCAAGAUCAUGUCGUCCCUUUCCACGUCUCUGAAGAAUUCGUACCAGCGUUGGCUAUGUCCAUAUGAAGAAUAUCUGCGCCUCGCCAAACCCGGGGUCCAUCAACAACUGGAGCAAGAAUACGGUGGACCGUUGACCCCCAGUCCGGCACAGACGCCGGCCAGAAAAUCACACGUCAACACUCCGUCCAGCGCAAAGCGAGAAUCUCCUGCUAGACGAGCAUCUGAUUCUCUGCAAAAAAAUAUCAAUGGGCUGAAACGGGAGACUGAGAGAGACACCGCCAUGGCAGACGCCCCCCCAGCUCCCACUUCUGGAUCCUCUGCAGGAUUCAAAGCAAUCAAUUCUGGCGGCUUCACCGCAGCUAGCUCGGCAUUGAAAUCAGGUCCAGGUGAAAAGGAAAGUUCUACUCCAGACACGAAAAGGAUGACCAGCCCGGCCGCGUCUGCCAGCAAUACUCCAGAGGCACGUGGGACCGGGCCCAACCCACCUGCGGGGGUGAAACGGCAGCUGUGCGGUGAUGCGACCGAGCCGACCAGAAGAGACGUGGAGACUGAUUUGGACGAUGGUGAGAAUAGCAGCAGGCGGAGCAAACGGCUCAAGAAAGAUGCCGUACCUACAGUAGCGGGUUCGCACAUGACCCCGUUUCGGCCAACUGUUCCCCGCAUACCAAAGGAUGAAACGCUCGCCCCUGGAGAGAAAUGUGAAAACUGCGGUCAUGGUGAGGAUACCGGCAUCCUGCUCGUUUGUGAAUCCUGCGACAACGCCUACCAUGGACCAUGUUUGGACCCGCCAUUGAAGCGUAGACCUGAUGCCGAGUGGAAUUGUCCACGCUGUUUGGUGGGUGAUGGACAGUUUGGAUUCGAAGAAGGCGGCUUGUAUUCGCUCAAGCAGUUCCAGCAAAAAGCAAACGACUUCAAACAGGGGUACUUUGAAAAGAAGAUGCCCUUUGAUCACACCUUGAACUGCCAUCGACCCGUCACCGAGGAAGACGUCGAAAACGAGUUCUGGAGACUGGUUGCUGAUCUAGAGGAGACUGUCGAGGUUGAAUACGGGGCAGACAUUCACUGUACCACGCAUGGCUCGGGGUUCCCGACGCUCGAAAAACAUCCAAAUAACCCAUACGCCUCCGAUCCUUGGAAUCUGAAUGUGCUGCCAUUGCACCCGGAAAGCCUCUUUCGACACAUCAAGUCUGAUAUCUCUGGCAUGACUGUCCCCUGGGUUUACGUCGGCAUGAUAUUCUCAACUUUCUGCUGGCACAACGAGGAUCAUUACGCCUACUCCGCCAACUACCAGCAUUUCGGGGCGACAAAAACUUGGUACGGCAUACCGGGCGAGGAUGCCGAAAAGUUCGAGGCGGCCAUGCGCGACGCCGUCCCAGAACUGUUUGAGACGCAGCCGGAUUUGCUAUUCCAGCUCGUAACCCUGCUCACCCCUGAGCAGCUGAGAAAAGCUGGAGUCAGAGUCUACGCUGUAGAUCAACGAGCUGGCCAGUUUGUAAUCACCUUCCCUCAAGCCUAUCACGCAGGCUUCAACCACGGCUUCAAUUUCAACGAAGCUGUCAACUUUGCUCCGUACGAUUGGGAGCCGUACGGGCUAGCAGGGGUGGAGAGACUGCAAAUCUUCCGACGACAGCCAUGCUUCUCUCAUGAUGAGCUGCUUUGGACCGCUGCCGAGGGUAGCUCUUCCACCGGCGUGACCAUACAGACGGCCAGGUGGCUAGGCCCGGCAUUGGAGCGUAUUAAAAGGCGGGAGCUGGCACGACGAGCCGAGUUUAUAACCAGACACAAGAAAGCCUCCCCCCAUGACUGCCCCAUUGACGGUUCCGGGAAAGAGCCCUGCCCCCUCGCGUUCAAAGUGGAGGCGGCGCAGAUUCUCGAAGAGGAAGAGCAAUGCUGUGCUUACUGCAAGGCAUUCGCAUUCUUGUCCAGGUUGAAGUGUGAGCGUUCCGGCAAGACGGUUUGCAUUCUACACGCAGGGCAGCAACCGUGCUGCGAUCAAACAGAACAUCAGCGGUUCAUUGGCGAGGGACACACUCUGAUUUUCCGAGUAACGGACGAAGCAAUGACGGAAACGUACGAGAAGGUGCUGGAGAAGGCGCGGAUGCCGGAAUCAUGGGAAGAAAAGUACACCAAGCUGCUUGAUGAAGAAACGACACCGUCGCUGAAAUCUCUGCGAGCUCUGCUUCACGAAGGCGAACGUAUCCCAUUCGAGCUUCCGUCGCUUCCUAUCCUAAAAGAGUUUGUUGACCGGUGCAACGACUGGGUUGAAGAAGCAACAAACUACAUUGUCCGCAAGCAGCAGAAUCGGCGCAAGAACGAAAAGGCAUGGCAAAGUGGAUUGCGAAGAUCCGUCGGCAGUGCAUGCCAGGACCAAAAGGAACGUGAACCGCGCCAUGUCAGCAACAUUUACCGCUUGCUCAGGGAUGCCGACCACAUUGGAUUCGACUGCCCCGAAAUCGCUCAACUCCAGGAGCGUGCUGCAGCCGUCAAGGAAUUUCAGCUCAACGCGUCCCGCACGCUCGAAAACCCAAACGCGGCCCCGAUGGAGACGAUUGAGGAAUUGCUCGAAGAAGGUCGAAGUUUCAACAUUGACACACCCGAAAUUGAUCGCCUCGCCAGAGUCUUGGAGCAAAUGCGCUGGAACCAGAAAGCCAGGUCCAGUCGCGGGCUUUUUCUUUCCCUGCAAGAGGUCAGAGAUCUCAUCGAAGAGGGUCUUCGACUAGAGAUUCCAUCGUACAAUGACCACUUGAAGUUCUAUCGCGACCAACUGCAGGCCGGGGAAAGCUGGGAGCACAAAGCACAGCAGCUGAUCAAGGCCGAGAUUGUGCAUUAUCCGCAGCUCGAGGCAUUGUCCAGUCAAGUCCAAGCAAAUGCUCUACCUGUGUCGCGGGAGACCCUCGCUCAUAUCGACAGGAUCCUACAUAAGCAGCGGGAGGCUCAUCGUCAGAUCAUGGACAUUACCCAGCGAUGCCGGGUUUCCGACUUUCGGAGUCGACCAAAGUACUCGGAAGUGGUUGAUGUCACAAGGAAUCUGGAGGAACUCAAUUCGAAGCCAAACGGCACCCUCGAUCUGGAAAACGAGCGCAAGCGCCACGAGGAUUGGAUGCGAAAAGGCAAGAAGCUUUUUGGGAAAUCAAACGCGCCGCUCCACAUUCUCAAGAGCCACUUGGAAUAUGUCUUGGAACGGAACACGGACUGCUUUGACGUGGAGAACGAUACACCACGCUUACCCGCAGAACCGGUUUCACGCGAAGUCACGCCUGAACAAGGUGCUAGUCGGUUUGGAGAUCGCUCCCGGCAGGUCUUUUGCAUCUGCAGAAAGGUUGAAGCUGGCAUGAUGAUUGAGUGCGAAUUGUGUCACGAAUGGUACCAUUACAAGUGCUUGAAGAUUGCUAGAGGCAAGGUCAAAGAAGACGACAAGUACACAUGUCCGAUUUGCGACUAUCGGGAGAGGAUUCCUCGCGAUGCCGCUCGGCCAAAACUUGAGGACUUGACAGCUCUUGCGGAUGAGAUUUCUCAAUUGCCUUUCCAGCCAGAAGAGGAGGAGGUGCUGAAUAACAUCAUUGACAAUGCGCAAACGUUUCGAGAUCGCAUUGCUCGGUACUGCAACCCACUCGUUUCGACGGAGGCUGAAAUAGAAACGCAGCGGUUCUAUCUCCGAAAGCUCGAAGGUGCCGAGGUGCUUCUUGCGUACGAGACCAAUUUUUUCCGGCAAGAGUUGCACAAGUGGUGUCCCGUUGCCCCCGUACCGCCGCCCAUUCUCGAGGUCUCGCUCAGCACGCGCAAGCCACGGCCGACGAAGCUUCAGAAGAUGUUGGCCGAGUACGGCGUGGACAAUCCGGACGACUUGCCGGAGCAUGCCAAAAGCAAAGCAAACAGCUUGCGACGAAAAGCUGCCAAUGCGGAAGCUGCGGCUGCGGCUGCGGCUGCGGCGGCGGCUGCGGUUGCGCAAGCCCCUAUGAGGUCGAUGGUGCCACCGUCUGGCGGCAGCAUGUCUUACGGGGGACCGUCGCUGUACGGCCAAGGACCUGACAGCAACACGGACUCAGCGUCUUCCCCACGCGGACACGGAGACCGGCCUGGCAGUUCGCUGGAUGGCGAGCGCGCCAAGCCGAACGCUUCAGGAGCCGACAACAGCAACAUCCAUCCUGCGUUUUUCAGCGCUAGCGGUCCCGUUUUCGUCAACGGAUCGGCAAUGGCUCUGGAAGACAGAUUGCUCCAAGAUGUGGACGACGGUGUCGAUCUGCACGGCGAAGCCGGAAAGAGUAAGGCUCUCGAAAUCCUCGGCCGUGCAGAGAUUGGACGUAGACAAGCAGAGUCCAUGUGGGGGACGGACGUCUGGGGCGCCAAGAAAGCAUCCAUGAGUGAAGCACACGGUCCCGCUGCAGCGGUCGAAGCUGUCGAUGACUCGCUGAAGCGGCACGAAGGCAGCGUCGAGCAGAUGUUUGAAGAAAUGACGAACCAGGACGACGAGGAAGAAGAAAAGAAGAAGGCAGACACUGCCGCGGAAGCAAUAACAGCAGAGUCUCUCGAGAGCGAGAGAAACGGGCUCGACGCGAUGAUUGAUGGCGAAUAA